UGCAGUGGGGGAGGUCCGGACUUCGUACAUGAAGCUUUUUUUCUUUUCUUUUCUUUUUUUUUCUCAGUGGACCGUCCCACUUGGAGGCAAAGUGGGCGAGCUGGGAUAGGCUGGGAAUGUGCUUGUUCCGCCGAGAAAGAGAGAAAUUUACAGAAAAGGGAGAGGAGCGAAGUAGGAAGUCUCCAACUUCGUGACGGGGGGACGGGAAAUAGGACGGACUCACCGGAGGAGAAAGAGGGAAUUCGGAGGUGCACAUCUGGAAGACGCGGAUGACUAAAAACCGUCACGGUGCAAACUUUUCUAACCGCUCACUUAAGAAAAACAAAUACAUCAGAUUGAGCUUUUUGGAGGCCGAACACUGAGGAGGACAUCAUGCCGAGGAGGACCGUGCAAGAAGUGACCGUUCAAGAUGUCCAAAAACGGAGAAACCCCAGCAAACAUUACGUUUACAUCAUCAAAGUGUCCUGGACCGAUGACAGCACGGAACUCAUUUACAGACGCUACAGCAAAUUUUUCGACCUGCAGAUGGAACUGCUGGAUAAAUUCCCCGUCGAAGGAGGUCAGAAAGACCCCAAGCGGAGGAUCAUCCCAUUCCUACCGGGGAAGAUCUUGUUUCGGAGGAGCCAUAUUAGAGAUGUGGCCAUGAAAAGGCUAAGGCCUAUCAAUGAGUACUGCAGGGCCCUCAUCCAGCUCCCAGUCUACAUCUCACAGUGCGAGGAGGUCAGAUUGUUUUUUGAGACCAGACCAGAAGACCUCAACCCACCCAAGGAGGAACCAGCAGGAAAGAAGAAAUCAGGGUUUGCAGAGAGAGCGACUACUUUCCUAAAGCGAGGAGACGGCACUUCAGCUGACCCGCUUCUUUUGGACCAGUAUGUGGCAGUAACGGACUACGAGAAGCAGGAGAGCUCCGAGAUCAGUCUCCACGUGGGUCAAGUGGUGGAGGUCAUUGAGAAAAAUGAGUCCGGCUGGUGGUUCGUGAGUUCAGAAGACGCGCAGGGCUGGGUUCCUGCCACCUGCCUCGAGGCCCAGGAUGACCCUGAUGACUUCACUCUUCCAGGAGAAGAAGCGCCUCAGAGAUUCUGGUCUUUGCCGAGGCACGUGGGCCGCCGCCGCACUUUAGGGGAUCUUUUCAGCACGGGCUUUGGGCAAGAAGAGAAAUAUUCCGUAGUUUAUCCUUACUCAGCCCGGGACCAAGACGAGAUCGACCUGGAGAGAGGAAUGAUUGUGGAGGUCAUUCAGAAGAACUUGGAGGGCUGGUGGAAGAUCAGGUACCAGGGAUGCGAGGGCUGGGCCCCAGCUUCUUACCUGAAGAAGGCUGACAUUCAGAGCCAGAAGCAGGCGGCGGGCGGUGCCGCACACGCCAGCACCAACGACCUGGAUGGAUUCUCCAAACAGAGCCAGUCGACCCGAGAGAACCGAGACGGCAGCCAGAAAGAAAACAGACUCUCGUUCUUUUCCGAUAACAAGAAAUUUGGACUAAGACAAAGACCUCCUCCACGCAGAGAUCUUUCCAUACCACGUGGUACAAACCUUCCCAAGCCGCCCGGUCCUCCACAGGUCGAGGAAGAGUUCUACACAAUAGCGGAUUUCCAGACCACCAUCCCUGAUGGGAUUAGCUUCCAGGCUGGAGUCAAAGUGGAGGUGAUUGAGAAGAAUGGCAGUGGCUGGUGGUACAUUCAAAUAGACGAGCAAGAAGGUUGGGCCCCGGCUACAUUUAUUGAGAAGUACAAGAAGACAAGUAAUGCCGUACGGCCCAACUUCUUGGCGCCUCUGCCCAAUGAGAUGGAGAGGCUGCGACUGGAGGACAGCGGUUCUUCAAAUGUCCCGGGCACAGAUGAUAGCUGGUCUAAGCCUUUACCGGAUGAGCCCACCGGAGCCCCCGAAUCCUGCACACGAGCUAAGCUGAGAGACUGGAAGUCUGGCGCGACCAAGUUUCCUGCCUUCUCUGGACCACUGCCUCCAGCUCCUGUGGCGCCACCUGAUGAUAAACCAGCUCUACCACCGCGAAGGGAGUCCAUCAAUAAGAGCUUUGACAUUGAUGUGGCAGAGAAACUGGCCAGACCAGAUCAUUCCAAGCCUAUGCCCCCUAAACCACCAGCUCCUGGGGUCAUCAUGCCCCUGGGUCCGCCAAAGGCAGCACCUUUCAAAGCAGACAAACCACCAGAACCAAAGAAAGAUGACAAGAGUAAAGCGCUUCACCUUCGCAAUGAGAUGGGUCUGGAAUGUGGUCACAAGGUCUCUGCCAAAGAGGUCAAGAAGUUUAACCUGAAGCCGGUACCAAAGCAGCCACCAAAACCCAAGCCUGAAGUUACAGAAGAGAAACCAGAGGCAGCUUCUCCACCCGUAUUUAUGAAGCCAAAGCCGGUGAUCCGACCUAAACCCAUUCCAGCCGCGAAGCCGGAUCCGCCAGCAGAGAACAAAGUCGACAUCACCAACCUGAGAAGUAAGCUGAGAUCUUCGAAACCCACGGAUCCCGGCUCUUCUUCAGGGGAGGUCAACCAUCAGAACGAUACCCUGGCAGUCCAUGCUAGUGCACCACCCUUUCAUAUCUCAUCUCUGAAUAAUGGCAAGAACUGCGAUGAACCAAAACUCCCCCCUAAACACGUGAACGGUCAUAGUCAAGAGAGCUCGCCACCCCCUGCAAAACCAGCAGUGCCUCCCCACAAGGAGGCCCCUCUGAGACCCCCGGCCUUGGCUCCGAGAAGACCUCCUCCUCCAAAGAAGAACACCCCAUCCAGCCCAACAGAGAGCAAACCACCAACCGCUUUAAAAGACUCUCAAGAUCCCCCUAAGAGCGGACCAGCUCAACUCAACAGACCCCCGCCGCCUAAACCAAAGGGCUUUUCUCCCGCUAUCCCAAGCAAGGAAAAAGAAGAACCCAAGGGUAAUAAAAUCACAAUUCCCCCCAAACUCCAGGUGAAGAGCGACAAGCCCGGCCCGCCCAGAGACAAGCUCCCACCUUUGCUCAAGGAGUCCAGCAAGGAUGAGCUGUACUUGGCCGUGGCGGACUUUGAUGGCGACGACCCGACGUCCAGCUUCAAGGUGGGGACGCUCUUUGAGGUGCUGGAGAAGAACAGCAGUGGCUGGUGGUUCUGCAAGAACAUAGGAGCAGAUGUGGAGGGCUGGAUCCCUUCGAAUUACUUGAGCAAGAAACCUUGAGGCACUCAUAUACAAAAAGAUUAAAACCUACAAAAAAAAAAAAAAAAAACACUUUUUUUGUUGCUAGAAUUCAUUUUUAAUUUAUAGGUACAUUUUGUUUUUCUUUUUCUACUUAAACAAUAGUAACACAUUUUGAGGGUGGGGCUUUCCUUCUCUUAAUUUAACUAUGACAUUAAAACCUUUUGUUCCUUUUGUCAAAUACUGGUUUACCCUUGCAUUAGCAUUAAAGAGGAGUCCUAGCGUACCAUUACAAUUUGCAGAGAGAUUCCCUCAAGCGUACGUGACGUAACCCAAAUCUGUCUCAAGAAACCAGAAUCAAUGUAUUCUAAUAACGUGACAAAAACAUUUAAAAAAAAUGAAAUAUACAGUAUCAUACUCACCAGGGAUGCGUGUGUAUCCCAACUGACUUUUUUGGAGCCGAACGUAGCUCGCUCUGACCAACCAAUCAGAGGACAAAACAUUGCAGACGUCCCACCACUGAGUCUCAUGCAAUGAUAAAGCCACAAUUACAGUCAAUAAUUUUCAGAAUCACAAUCAUAUUUAUUUGCCAAGUAUGUCAAAAACAUACAAGGAAUUUUGUCUCCUGUAUUUGGAGCCGCUCUAAUAUAACAGCACGUACUUCUAGGCCAUAAAUAUAAAACAAACAAAUGAAAAACAGUAAGUGCGGCCUUAAAUGAGCGAACCUUCUUGUGCCCCGUGAUGACGUAUUCUUACGCUGCUGCGCAAAUUAGCUCAUUGUGCGCCGUUUGUCACCUCGAAGCGUCGUACGUCAGAGACAGUGUCCGAGAUGCCCGUUAACCACGCCUUCUCUAAUGGUAGUGUCACUUUAUAUGCAAAAUGCUUAAUAUGCAGGAUUCAAGAGUAGACUCCCCACAGUAGCACAAAAAAAAUACACUUAACAAAUUGCUGGGAUUUCUUUAGUAAUAAACAAAUAGUUUUGUUUAUUGAGGGUCAACAGGCUUUAGUGUUAAAAGCAAUCACUACAAGAGUUCACUUUGCCAAGUGGAAGUGCUUUGUUCAUGAUGGUCACGCAUGUUCAUUUUUUGCUUUUGGAACGUUUCCUUUUAUUGAUAUUUAACUUUGCCUUGAUGUGUAACGUAUGUUUUCUUUUUACAUGAGGUCAGGCCAAGAUUUGCACAUGCUCAAAGAGGUAAAAACGGUUAACAACAUUUUUUUAUUUCACAUACCGAAUUUCCUCAAAUAGUGGACUCUGCUCUGAUAGACACCCUGACCCUGUUAAUUCGCCAGGUGCAUUGUUAACUUGAAUAAAUACAACAAUGCAUCUCUUUAUAGCUCUCAUUACUAUUAUCGUUUUUUUGGUUUUUUUUAACCAGAACCCACAACCUCUCUAAAGCUGACCUUCAGUAGUACUGCUUGUAGAGUGGAUUUAUUCCACGUAGGGCCAGCACAAUAGUGUCCUUCACAAAUAAUAAAGCUAUGAAUCUAUCUAUGAAUAAAAGAGUGUGUUACACAAUAACUCUAUAUAUUUAUUAUAAUAAAUAUUGUUUUAAAAUAAAUACAUGUGGAAAUUAUUUCAGAAAAAAAUAUUAAAAAUGCUUCUGUAAAAUAAAGGCCACCUGCCAAUGGUUGGUACUUUCUGCAGUUGAGUAUCUAUAUAUAUAUAUAUAGGCCGCUAAAUGAGGAUGUGCGGUAAAUGGAAAUUGUUUGGUACAUCAUAACUGAAAAAGUAGGGUUCUAAAAAAAAUAAAUUAACAUCCGACCAAGUGGUCAGUGCAAUUAUUUACAUUAUUGUCAAUGUCCCAGUUUGAUGUUCAGAUAACAGCGAUUUAAAAAAAAAAAAAUUGGUAUCUGACCUAUGUACAGUACAAAAUAUUGUUUUACGUAAAGGCUUGACUGGUCUCAAGCACGGUCAGUAUGUCAAAAAUAUUUUUUAUUGUAAAGACUAUCUUAAAUGUGGUCAAUUUUCUUAUUAACUAUCGUUUGACUUUGUUUAUUGAUGAAGGAACUCGGAGAGAUUAGUGAGGAUUUGAUUGAAAGUGAAUUAUACAUCUGGUCUGGAUCUAAUGGCUUCAUGGUUUUCAUCACCACGAAGCAAAGUAGGAAAAAUAAGUUCACACAUUUAGACAAUCAGACAAGACUUGAACUGAGUUGCUAUGUUCAUUUGACACACAACUGACAGUCAUUAUAAGGCAAAGAAGAGCGUCGGGUAAGUUAGGUCCAGGACAUGAAAGAUAAAUGGAUGGGUUGAUGAUGUCAUCAUGGCAGUAUUGUAAUUUUGUCACUUUUUUUUUUUAAUUACAUUGAAUCUUAAGUCAAUAAACAUUUCCAUUUUUUUUCAA